AUGCAUAACCUUACGGCUUUCGGUUCGCCAUUAGUGAAAUACUGAAGAGGUGUUAAUAAAAAGGAGAACUAAAACACCGUAAAAAUGGCUAAACCAGUUGAUUUAGAACUCAAAAAAGCAUUCGUUGAAUUGCAUCAGAAAAUGCUAGAGACCAGUGAAAAAAUUCAGAUUAUUGAUUCUCAAAUAGAUGUGCUAAAGCGUGUCAUGCAACAUGUAGAUAUAACACAGCGAGAAAUUAGUACAUUCCCACCUGCUACUAAAACUUAUGAAUCCGUUGGCAGAAUGUUCCUUCUCACCAAUUUAAGCGAAGUCAAGAAUAACCUCAAGAUCAGAGAAUCAAUGCUGAACACUCGUACCUCAGAAUUAGAAAAGAGUAAACAGCAUUUAGAAAAAAAUCUGAAAGAGAGUGAAGACAAUAUUCGGGAAAUGGUAAAACAAAAGAAGGAGCAAAAAGCUGACUAAUCGCCUGAAUUAGUAUUUUUUCAUUUUAAAUUAUCUUAUGUUCACACUCCAGCAAAACUCUUCAUAAAUCACUAUUUAUAAUUUUAUUGAAUAUAAUUCUUUUCAGUAAUAAAUAAUGCAUGUUA